AUGCCGGUAUACGCAAAAUUCUUCAAGGAGUUGAACACACUCAAACGCAAUUAUGGGCCACAUGAAAAGGUAAUGGUCUCGGAGAAUGUGAGUGUUGUACUUCAAAGGAAGCUACCUCCCAAACUUAAGGAUCUUGGAAGUUUUUCUAUCAACAUAACAGUAGGAGACAAGAAGAUGGAAAAGGCAAUGCUAGAUUUGGGAGCGAGUAUAAAUUUGAUGCCAUACUCUGUAUACCUUCAAUUAGGUUUGAGGGAGGUGAAGCCAACGACAAUGUCUCUACAACUUGUGGAUCGAUCUGUCAAAUAUCUAAAAGGAAAAAGCUCAAGAGCAUUAGGGGUAGCCUUAACUUUGAGAAAAGAAGACAUGCAGAAUGAUGAAGAAAUCAUGGAAGUCACAACUGCCUGA